AUCUCGGCGACCCGACUCAGUUGAGGUGCGCUUUUCUUCGGAGCAAGACCCCGAGGUCCGGUGCGCUGGAAAUUUGCUGUGCGUGGACGAGAAAAAUCACAUUCAACGCCUCCCUGCUCCCUUGGUUCAUUCUCUGCGCUUAGUGCACCGGUUGCACCACCCCACCCGGCACAGGAUUAUGUCAAUACAAGUGAUUUAGAUAAGUAUGACUGAUGUAGAGAGAAAUCCACCCCGGAUUAAUAUCUUUCAUACAUAACUGCAUCGUGAAGGGCUUAUGGAUCAUGCAACGCUGAUCGUACAACAGAUAUACAACCUUCAUCGUUCGGAUUAUUAGUAGCAAUACGAAGAAGAGUAUUUGCGGUCGUUUUUGCACCAUGUGCUCUUUUCUCGACACGUGUUUUCCAUUCUCAACUACUAUCUCUCGAAACAACGAAACCUGAUACACGAGUGGUGCGUGCAUAAAUGUGUUCAGUCCAAACGCAACACUUUCAUCUACAAGUGUGUUCAUAAAAAUUGGAAUAACCCACGUGAAACAGCGACGAUCGACCUCGUGGCAAUAUCGAAGGUGACUUCAAAAUCUUGUCUACACUCGGUGAGGUGCUCGUAUAUGGUUCAUAAAAUACAUUCCAGAGGGCAGUAAAAAAAAGAACACCCAUUCGUCGGCCGCCAUUCAAGAACAGUAUCCACUCGAGAGCGAGUCAGCGUUGCACAGCGUUUGGCUUCUCGCAAAACUUUCGGAAAACAUACAGAUACAUCGUACGAAAAUAAAUCAAAUUACGGUAACGAUGCCGACACCGCUGGACAGUGGACGGCUUGCGGUCGGUUCAACAAGUGGCUCGACCUUAGCGUCGGAUCGAGCGUGAAGAGGAUGCUCAUCAAGGCUAUACAUCUUCACAUCCAAUUCAACAAACAUCGGUGAUGGGUCAUCUUCAUCAUCGCCACCAUCACCCGGCUCAUGAUCGGCUGCUCGCUAGACUCGUUUUCGGUACUGUAUCGCGACCGACAAGCUCGCCGUCCCAACAAUACCACUGCUAUCGUCACCGACACGUACUGCGCUGGGUGCUCGUGGGGCUUAUCUCCUUCCUGAUUAACACAGGACAUGGACUGGAACAGCUUUCCGGUCAGCAGGAACCCCAAGCUGACCAGCAACCCAUCCCACCAACGCUUUCGUCGACCUCCACCCCGACCCCAACACUCCCGCCCUGCGAACAGCGUGCCCUGGACGAUAUCCCACCCGACCCAUUCUACGACGUGUCGGACAUUACGAUCAGUGCGGCUAAAUCGUUUGCCGAUUUCCUCGCUAGCCGCAAGAUAGAUGGUACGUCUCGUGACGAUCGCAAGUUUGCACUCGCCCGCGAGAAAGCGAACGAGCUGGCAACCAGCGUACUGAAGCAGGACGAUGGAUUGCUGCUGGCAGUUGGCAUUGCGUACCCGCGGCUUCCACUGGCCGUGGUACAGUUUCGGGAUCAGAUCGACAGCGCGCACGUCAAUCUGUCCGAGAGCAAGAACUUCCUGUCAACGUACUGGCGCGAGUUGGGAGCUGCAUGGAACCAGAGCAAUGGCGCACAGUUCUGGGGUGCUCCGUUUCGUGACUGCGGCCCCCUCUACGGACGGUGGCUUUGGCCGUACAGCGUUACCGUGGAGUCACAGGGUGUCAAAAUCGUAGCUUCGGCGUUCAUUGCAGCCGACGUGGAUCAAUGCAACGAUGCUCUGGAAUCGAUUUUUGGCCGUCGUCAUGUUUGCGAUCGUGAGUCCACCUUCUGUCUGCUGUCGGAGCUGGACGCCUCCAAGCCCCGGGGCAAGUAUACUUGCGUCUGUCGCCCCGGUUACUACAUUCCCAACGAAUCAAUACAGGGGUUUUCAUCCGAGAAAGACGAUGGCAACAUUACAAACUUUAGCUGCAUUCCUUGCCCAAGUGCAUGCGAGUGUGAUUCGGAGGGUAGCUGCAGCAGCCCGGACGAGGACUUUAGCACCGAAACACUCAUGAAGGCUACGAUCGGUGCUAUCUUAGGAGCUUGUAUGCUUUGUUGUUUAGUGUUAGCGUUAAUUGUGUUCCGCCAACGGAAGUGCAAGACCAUUGCCACCGGGAUGUGGACCAUUUUAGAAACAAUUUUAUUCGGCAUUUUACUUCUAUACUUAGCGGUUGCGCUACACUUCCUGCAGGCAUCGACUGUGCGUUGCCUGCUGGAGCCGUGGUGUCGCGAGCUGGGCUUCAUCAUCUGCUACGGUGCUAUCGUGCUCAAGCUGUACCGUCACCUGGUGGAGUUCCGCACCAGAAAAGCUCAUCGAUGGGUUGUGAGAGAUCUCGAUCUAUUGCGCUACCUGUGCGCCAUGAUCGUCGCGGUGCUGUGCUAUCUGGCCGCCUUUACCGCGACCAGUCUCGACUUUUUACAGUACAGCGAGCUGGUGUGGCAGAUGGACCAACCGCAGUCGAUGGACGCCGAGCAGGUCGCGUCCAAUAUGUGUCGCCCACUUCGCUGGGACUACGUAACCGAAGCCGGCGAGCUGCUAAUACUCGGCUUCGGUCUACAACUAGCCAUCGCCAGCCGCAACGCAAACACACAAUUUCGGGAGCGACAGUUUUUAGUAGCCUCCAUACUGAUCGAGUUUCUCGUCUCGUCCACGUUCUAUAUACUGCGCUUCUGGUAUUUGGAGGAGUUUAAUCCGUCUACACUGUUCUUAGCGCUGUUUGUGCGCUCGCAGCUGACCAACACCGUGACGUUGGGUUUGAUUUUUCUGCCCAAACUCUGGUACCAGCAUAAACAGGUUCGUUCCCUUGCCCAUGACGUAUCAUUCCGCUUACCUGUGGAUGCUUUCAAGGGUGCACAUGAGAGUACACACCAUGGCGGGGCGCUCGGCACAUACGCUGGCAUCUGCAUGGGUGACCCGGAGGUCGGCGACGUCACAAUAUCGGAGAUGAGUCCCGAGGACAUCAGAGCCGAGCUGAAAAGACUGUACACACAACUAGAAUAUUUAAAAAAUAAAACCCUUCGCCAAGACAAUCCCCACAUAAGCAAGCGAAGAGGAGGCAGAAAGGUGGCCCAUCGAAGAUUCUCACUCCAGAAAAAAGGAAGCCGAGAAAAGGCACUGAGCGCUAAACAUCGCCACAAUCGUCCAGCGGUGAGCGAAGUGGAAGUGACCGAAGCGGAACCGUCCCGUACGCCCGAGGACAGCGUGUGCAGCGUCGAGGGCCCAACCGACACUGGUACCGGAACCGGCGAGAUUUCCGGCAUUUCCAGUUCCAAAUAGCUACCGUCGGCCGGUGCGGUACAAUCGCAACAGUCUGGCGGCCGAUCGCGCUACAAGGAAUACAAUUUUUAAGCAGUAGCAGCAGCAGCAGCUUUCCACAGCUAUCCACAGCUAUCCAACCAGUCCUCCAACAUCUCUUCACCUGCUGACCAUGCUGAGUCUCAACACUCUCGGUAACAAUAGCAGCUCAGUGAGUCUGGGAAAUGCACUGGACUUAUCCAGUGUUCACGCAAACCGGAAGCAGUUGCUGUUCAGACACGUCUAUGGGGCUGCCGUAUUGACGGGUUGCAGCCAGAACCUUUUCCCGUAUUGUCAAGCACACGAUAUUACACAGCGUUAGUUAGCGAACCAGGGGUUCAAACAUUGGCAAAAAAAAACAAGAAACGAAUCUAACAAACACCGGAUCUUAAAUAUCCUUAUAUCAUCGUGAGAAACUCAUUUAUGUUAUCAUAUGCAGCAGCUCGCUUUUACACAUUCUGUCGCCAAGUCAAUAUUACUUGCUUUGAGUAUAUCUCAUGCAACAGUAAACAGCAAUAAGCAUUGAAAUAGGAUCUCAUUUUAUUCGUUGUUUAGUAAUGAUGAGUUAGCAACAUACUUCAAACAUUUUUUCCAAGCGGUAUAAAAGGUUGAAGUACAACUCUUAUCAAACAUAUAAUUCCUGCUUUUUCAUCCUUGACAGUCCUGGGUACCAAUCAGACAGAAGGGCGAGACAUACAUUAGUAUGGAGUUACUUGCAACUGAUCAUGAUACCUCAUUCAUAACAGUUUUGUUAGGAUAUUUGUUAAUACAAUGUGUGUUUAACAGUCAGAAUCCGGCACCGAAUGCAUACGGAUAACCAAAUGUGUACAUACGAAGGGAAACUCUCUGCAACGUUUACAUACACAAACACAAGUCACUCUUAACUAUUUUAAUGAGCUUCUUUCUAGAGAGAAAGACGCACAAUAUAGUGUAGAAAACUGUGAAGAUAGUUUAAACCGAACGAAAUAGAUGGCCAUCUCAUGCGGCAAACAUUAGUUGGCAGCUGCACCACACAAAAGCCCUAGAAAUAGGGUAAGGAUCCCUUUUACUAGUAAGAACAGAAACAAGACCGCAAAGCGACAAAGUUUGAAUUUAAGUAAAAUUUAAAACGAAAGUAAAUAAGUAGUGUUAUGUACAAAAAAAACAAUACAUAUACGCACAAAGACAAAUGACAUUGUAUCGAACAUGUCUUAGAUGGAGCUGGGUACUUGAGCGAGUGUGAGUACAUCUAGACUCCCCCCUGUUAUCACGUAAAUCACGCAACAGAGUUGACGAUUUCUUGUACCAUAAUAGGGAACAAUGUGUAAGUAACGUGUAAUGAUUACUAUUAUAAAGAACAAACAUACAUACAAUAUCCCUUAUCAUGAGCUUAAUCAAAUAGAUAAUCCAAACAGCAGAAAACAUGAAUAAACACUUCGCCGUCGAGACAGUUGGUUGGGCGGUUGGUUUGGGAGAAUCAGACUCCGAUCGGCAAUGCGCAAGUGUGGCACGUGUUGACGCGUAAACGCAGCCAAGUAUAGCAGACAUUUACACUCUGAUCGCACGGACCAUUCACCGCUGUGGUCCACUAGGAUAGCAUCAUGUGCAGCGAGAGCUAGGGAAAUGCAGAAGACAGAUAUAACAUAAUUAUAUUACAUACAAAAUUUAGGGCAAAUUUAGGGUCGGAUGUUGUAAAAAAAUAACUCACAACACACAUUAUCAUUGCUUUGUUCUCUAGACAGAAAAGCGACUAUAAGUGGUUCUGUUUUAUGCGUUUACACAAUGUACGCUAAUGUUUUCAUUCUCAUUUAACAAUUCGAAUUUCUUCGCCCAACCGUCUCUGGGGCUGGGACCACCAGCCUAGUCGAGAUUGGUGCUGGUAGGCGAAGAAAUGUGUAACCAAACGCCAACUCCGAAAGAUCCGCUCUCUCGAUGCGCUUGUUCCCGGCUGUUGGUGGCGAACUCGUUUUCCACCACCCACAGAGACAAGAGACACACAACAAGACCGCGGAACCUGCUCCAUCGAUCGAGCCGUCGAUUAGGGACGGGAAGGUAUAUAUAUAUAGUGUUAUAUACGUGUAACGAGACGAGACAUAUACGAUUAGUUCGUUUACUCAAUAAACAGAAUUGUAUCUUACUAUCGUUAAGUGGAACUGCUAUUACUACUAUUACUACUACUGUAACUAUCAUUGCAUAAGAAGUAUUAUGAAAUGUUUAACAUGUAUCAUGUCUGGGAGGACAAACUGCAUGCAAAUCAGUGGGAUAGAAAAUGAACGAAGCCAUAGCGGGGGUGGGGGGUUCGACCGACCGGUUAGUAGAUUAAAAUGGCAGCGAAUAGCAUAUAUACCUAGCAGGUGGUAGCAACUAUUGUAACAAAAUAGGCAAAGUACGCAGCAGAAGCAUAAAAUGUUCUGAUUACGCGGACGAAGGAAGCACAAACAAUGACGAAAUGAAACUAUCCACCUUAACGUUUACUGUACUAUCUUACUCUAGUUCUUACUGCAGAUAAAAUAGAAGAAAAUACCAAAAAUUAGCUAAUGACAGCAGCAUUGUAACGCCCACUCCAGUCCAGUCCACAUACACGUACAGAGUGUAAUGAUGUUUGAAGAUUGAUAGUUGAUAACAAUCUCUCAAUGCAAAAAGGGAAUUAAGUAAAGCAAAGACAAUUUAAUUUUCUUUUGUAUAUGCAAUGAGCUAGCGCUUCGAAAUUUGAUGAUAUUGCGAUUUUGUAUUGUUAUGUGAAGUAAAUUAAUAUAAUUGCUUUCGACAUUCUGUGCAAUACAAUAAAAGAAGAAUUGUGUGCCACGUGUGCAUAAACUUUCAAAUCGAACGAAAGCAUAAACUUUCAACUUUCAUAUUGAUGCACCUGGCCACAAAGAAUAGGCAAGGAAUGUGUAUGCAAACACACAGGCAGAACACAGUUUAAUUUCAACAGCCGUUGUUCCCACCAGAAAGCAUUUCCUAGGUACGUUCCCACCUUUUUCCAAAAUUCAAUCAUGACUCGAAUCAUUUCUUUGAAAAAAAAAAAGAAAGUCUCCAUACACGAAUCAACCUUGAGCAUGUGAAAAUAGAGAGCAACACGAAAUAAAAAUUCCUAAAUUUAAAGCGAUUGACAGCAACAGAAAAUGCACAAAUGUCCAAGAACCUCGAAUGUGUAGUAUCCGAGUCUGAGCGCCAGUGGUGUAUGGAAAGGGAAUGAAAUGGAACAAAACUGAUAAUAAAACAUGUACUGCAGGAACUUUAGUGCAAGUAAAUCAAGACGUAAACGUAAAACAAGAAUGAAUAAAACAGAGAAAUUCCCGA